GUAGAAUUAAAAUUCAAGCUAAAAAAGAUUAGAGUUGUUUUUUCCAUAUUGACUAUAAGACCGUUUGGUUUGGACUUUGCAUCAGUUAACAAAGCAGUAUAUGAGUGUUUCGGCAAGCAAUUUCAGUUCAUCAUGGAUUCGCGCUGCAACAGCUAAUGAUAAAUUAGACUUAAGGUAAUCACCAGUCGUGAUUUCAAUUAUGUGUUUAUCUAAAGUGCAUAGUGAAUUUAAUUUGUUCGGUACGGUAAAUUAUGACAACAAUAAACUUUGUGGAUAUGUUACUUUCUUUAUGAUGAGUGCCGUCAAACUGCAACUGCUACACCGGUAUUGUACAGUAAAUAAGGAUUUCCCUCGAAAAGUGUGGAAAAUGUAUUGUAUCUUUUUCACGUUUAACGUGUUCAAGCACUACAACUUGAAGUUUUCCCCAUAAAGUUCAGUUCAGAAUAUUUCUUACAACUGCAUAAAUUAGAGCAACAUUUUUUAAAAACAGUUCUAGCUAUGGACAGGACCGAAUUGGAUACAUUUUGAAAUAAAUUAUGCUUCCACACAAUGAUGAGGAUUGCUCAAAGUAAAAAAUAACCUUACUUACACUGAAGCCUUUAAGUGAUACACCAUAGAAGAGCCGCAUUGACGCUAUUAAACCGUUAAAAUAACAGAUUGGAGAAAUUUAUGAUGCUUUUGUAGAAAUUGUGUGUAGCCGAUGAAUUGGAAAUCGAAGCAAAAUUCUCGUCCGAAUCUAAAGCUCAACCGAGAAAAAAAUAACGAGGCAAUUUUUGUAUGAAGGUAAAGAUGAACCGAUACACAACCUUGAACAGAGUUGAUAUGUUUUAUGUUAUGUUUGACACAAAAAUUCAUUUUUUAGAAGAAAGGUUUGAACUUUUAAAGGUCCAAACAGAUUAUUUUUCUUUUCUUUACAAUAUUUCAUUGCUUUCCACUUUCAAUAAAAAUGAGUUACUCAAACACUAUAUGGAUUUGCAUACAUACUUAUCCGAUGCUGAUAGCUUAAAUAGUGACAUAAAUGGUUUGGGGCUUAAAGAUGAGCUGCUGCUCUCAUUUAUUACUUUGAUUGGGUCAAACGAACAUCAAACUAAUAAUCCUUUGAAUAUUCUUAAGUAUAUCAAAAAUGAUUUAGAAAACACUUUCCCUAAUUUAGCAAUACCUCUUAGAAUUUAGCUUACUUUACCCAUCUCAGUUGCUUCUGGGGAACGAAAGUUCUCGAAAUUAAAAAUAAUCGAAAAUUAUUUAAGAUCAUCUAUGUCACAGGAACGUUUAACUGGUUUGACAAAAAUCUCCAUCGAAUAUGAAAUUGCCAAUAAUUUAAAUUAUGAUACAAUUAUAAGUCUGAUUUAUGAAAAAAAAGUCCGAAGAUAUAUUUAGUUUUUAUGAGCCUAUGUAUUUGGUCUGAGUCAGAUUUUUAGAGUUUCAUUUUUAUGUGCCUACGUAUAAUGUAGGUGUAACUAUGUAGCAUAUAGUAUAUAUUUAAC